AUGCCUCCUCCACCGCCACCACCACCAAGUGCACCACCCAAAGAAUUUCCAUAUGAUUAUCUAUUCAAAGUAUUGGUGAUUGGGGAUGCAUCCGUCGGCAAGUCUUCCAUGUUGCUUCGAUUUACCGAUGAUUCCUUUGACGAACACAUUCAAUCAACGAUUGGUGUCGAUUUCAAGGUCAAACACAUUGACAUGGAUGGGAGGCGGGUCAAACUGACCAUUUGGGAUACCGCGGGACAAGAACGGUUUCGGACCUUGACCUCGAGUUAUUACCGGGGGGCCCAUGGAGUGGUGUUGGUGUACGAUGUCACCCAAACGGAUUCCUUUGAAAAUUUGGAACAAUGGCUCAAGGAAGUCCAAUUGUAUUCGCCCAACAAUGGCGAGUCUGUCAUCAAGUUAUUGGUGGGGAAUAAAAUUGACCUAGACCGCAAGGUGGAACGGGAACGAGCCGAUGCUUGGGCUCGAUCGCAUGGGAUGCUCUUUUUGGAAGCUUCGGCCAAGACUAAGGAAGGGAUUCGUCAAGUCUUUAUGGAAGUGGUUCAAAAGAUAUUGGACAAUCCAGAUGCCUUGUCAACGGCAGUGCCAGGAAAACCAAAGAUGCAAAUUAAACGGCCAACGAUUGAUGAUGAUGACGAUGAUGGUGGAUGUUGUUAG